UUGCUUUCCGGAAUCAAUAGUUUGUUGCACUUUUGUCCGGAGAUCCGUCCCUUGUGCCAACAGCCGCUGCUCGCAGUCGCCGGCCGGGAUGUUGCGCUCACUGAUGCGGGGCCGGGCCUUGCUACAGCAUUCCAGAAGAGGAAUACCUCAGGUGUGGAUUGUAGCAGCACAGCACCGAUGGGCUUCAAGCCUACCCAUGAACACAGUUGUUCUCUUUGUUCCACAGCAAGAAGCUUGGGUAGUAGAACGAAUGGGUCGUUUUCACAAAAUACUUGAGCCAGGUUUGAAUUUCUUGAUUCCAAUCGUAGAUCGGAUAAAAUAUGUACAGAGCUUAAAAGAGAUCGUUAUUGAUAUUCCAGAACAAUCUGCUGUCUCAUUAGAUAAUGUGACUUUAAAUAUAGAUGGUGUACUAUAUUUAAGAAUAAUGGAUCCAUACAAGUCAAGUUAUGGAGUUGAAGAUCCCGAGUAUGCUGUUACACAGUUGGCCCAAACGACCAUGAGAUCAGAACUUGGGAAGCUCUCGUUGGACAGUGUUUUUAGGGAAAGGGAGGUAUUGAAUAUGAAUAUGGUUACUCAAAUAAAUCAAGCUGCAGAUACCUGGGGAAUCCGCUGCUUGAGAUACGAGAUCAAGGAUAUCCAUGUUCCACCUAAAGUGAAGGAAGCCAUGCAGAUGCAAGUUGAAGCUGAAAGGAAAAAACGUGCCACGGUGCUGGAAUCUGAAGGGGCCAGAGAAGCUGAAAUCAAUAUUGCUGAAGGGAAAAAACAGUCUCGAAUCCUGGCUUCUGAGGCAACAAAAGCAGAAACGAUCAACCAAGCAGCAGGCGAAGCCAAUGCAGUCAUCGUUCAAGCAAAAGCAAAAGCACAAUCUAUUAAUAUGCUCUCUGAAGUCCUUAGUCAACAAUGCGGAAGUCAAGCAGCAUCAUUGAGUGUGGCAGAGCAGUAUGUAUCUGCCUUUAACAACCUGGCCAAGCAGAGCAAUACAAUUCUACUUCCGGCAAACACAGGUGAUGUCACCAGCAUGGUGUCACAGGCCAUGGGAAUUUACAGUGCUCUCACUAAACCGGAAGCAAUGAAGGAGAAGCUGACAAUGGAUGCUGCUUAUCCCAACAAAUCACAACUGGUCAGUGGAAAUCAGAUAUUCCAUUCAGAGACAUAACAAACUGAAAUGUCUACUGAAUGACAACAGAAAUGGAAAUUUCUAGUGAAUGACAACAGAAAUUGAAAUUUCAGAAUUUCACAGAUUCUGACCUGAGAUGAAUAUUUUAACAACAAUUGUCACAACAAUUUUAUACUCAUAGAAGAAUUGAUAUUGUUUUCUGCCUGUAUACUUAUUCCUCCUGUUGAACUUCAUCAUGGAUAUAAGAAAAAAAAUGGAUGAAUUGAUUGCGAUCAGUUUGUAAAAUUUCCUGAGAAAGAAAUUAAAUGUUUAAUUAUUUCUUCUCC